AGUGGGAGGGGAAAGAGCUGGGGUUGAUACCGAGAUGGGGGCGGGGCGGUCUCGCUUACUAGGGGGCGGCAGCGACGCAUUUUCAUAGACACGGGCGGAAGGGCACGUUUCCCAGCAGCCCCGCGCCGCGGGCGUUUCCGUCUCCAUGGAGACGUGGGCGUGGCGACGAUGAGCAUUUGCAGGAGCCGGGAAAAGACCUGACCGUUGAGCCUCGGGCCGGGCCAUGGAGUUCCAGGAGCUGGUUCGGCGCGUGACGAUACUGCAGGCGUGUGUGAGGGGCCGUCAGACCCGGCGGCGGCUGCAGAGCUUGAGAGCCGAGUACGAGGAGGUGGUGCGGCAGGUGGAGGGCGACCUGGGCGGGCAGCUGCGCUGGGUGGGACGCUGGCUUCCGCGGCCCGUUUUCUCCUCAGAGACCCGGAAAAGAACCUACGGCCCCAGGGAGGGAGGAGGCAGCAGCCUGGGCCCUGCCCCUGUGCCCCCCAGCAGACUCCGGAGUAAAGAGCCCGAGAGAGACGGAGGCUGGAAGGAACCGUCCCCUGCGAAGGGACCUGAGCAAGGAGCUGGUCCUGGCCCUCAGCACGGCCUAGUGAUGGAGACUGGUGACAAGGCACCGACGAGGGACCCAGAGGCUCUGGAGCUCACACUGCCCUCCCAACCUGCCCAGCUCCAGAGACUUCGAAGACAUCUGGCCAUGGAAAUGCUAUGGCUACAGCAGGCCAUUGUCAGUCGAAAGAAAUAUCUGCUUCUCAGACAAACACUAGAUUUCCCAGAAGAUUAGUUGGAGAAGAUCAUACCUCCAGUAAUGGGACCACCAGAAUGCCGACCUUUGAGUGACCAGGCUGCUGACAGGACUGGGCUACUUCCUAA